AUGGAGCAUGUUACCACUGUGGAGCCUUUACCCACUGGAGAUGAGAGUUCCCAGUUCUCAACACCUCACAGGCACCAAAGGGAAAGCCGCAGACUGUUACAUCUCAGCAGUUCAGUUGAAGACGGUGUUAAAAAUUUAUCAGAUAAGUGUACUUUUGAGUCUUUAACUAAUGACUAUUUUGAAUAUGAACAGGGUGUAGCUAACAUCCGAGUGAGGGGUCGUUUGAAGCAGAAUAUUGGAUUCUGGCGCAAUAUUGGUGCUAGUGGUUUUGUCUUAGACGUUAUUGAGAAUGGUUAUAAAAUUUCUUUUUACACAACACCACCACCCAUGAAUUUACCUAAUAAUAAGUCUGCUUCCGAGAAUUCCGUCUUUGUUACUGGUGCUAUUAUACGAUCCGAUUCAUUUAACAAGAAAAAAGAGGAUUAUAUUAUCAUCUCACCGACUGUUGGUUCUAAAUCCCAAUUGAAUGAUGGUGGUACCUUCGAAAUAAAUUCAUUAUCGAAUUGGUUGCUUCUUUCCGAUGCUUAUUUCAGAUGUGAUUUCAAAAUUAAAGAUGGGACUCCCAAUGAAAAUCGUGUACCACAAACUAAUACAACGUUAGAAAACAAUUUCUUUCCAUCUUCAUUUAGCGAGAUGGUUUUGGAAGCUGGUUCAAAUCCGAUAGAAACAAUUAAACACCCUGGGGAAUUCGACACAAUGUUGAAAACAGUUUUAUAUCCUAAAGAUUUCGAUUCAGUCUUAGGUUGGAUACCCGAUGUUGGCGAUGGAAGUGUUUUAAAAGAACCGGUAAGAAAUCUUGCAAAUGAUGCUGAUUUAGCUAGAGUGAGAGUUGUUGCUCGAAACACAAUAGAAAGAGAAGCACGAGCAGCUAAUCAUGGAUUCGAAAAACGAGUACUUCAGUAUAAUAAUGUUGUUGAGAAUAAUAAGUGGGGUAAUUACGUAAAUUGGAAAUUAUAUCCUUUAUUCGGUCUGUUGGAACAUAGAAAAGUUUCCAUAGGGUUACCAUAUAAAAUUCAUCUACAAAGAGAAAUCAACGAUGAUAAGAUAUUUUUUGGAGAGAAUGGUUCAGAUGCAAAAUUAGAAAUAACGAAUCUCCAACUUUACAUACCUGUCAUAACACCAUCAAUUGAAGUAGAACCGAGAAUAUUCAACUCGUUAACUAAAGAUAUUGAAAUAGCUUUUCUUCAUCGUAAUACGGUAGGUAGUAUGACUUUAACUGGAGAAUCCACCACGUGGCCAAUCACUAACACUAUUAAACCAGCAAGAUAUUUAAUGGUUGGUUUCAAGAACUGA